AGAUGACGUAACAUGCGUCCUGCGCUGUCUUGAGCGGGACUUUGGUUAUUGACAAAAGCAACGAAGAGUUUUGUGGCUUUUUUUUGGAAAGCUGCCUUUUAUUUACUGGCGAUGGCGUCUCAGGUCGAAGCCGAUCUACCACCCGGACUUUCGUGUCUAAAAAAUGUUGACACCCUGCUGCGGUGCCCAAUUUGCUUCGACUUCCUCAAUAUUUCAAUGAUGACUAAAUGUUCUCACAACUUUUGCUCCUUGUGCAUCAGAAAAUUUUUUUCCUAUAAGUUGCAGUGUCCAGUUUGCAACACACAAGCAACAGAACAAGACCUAAGAAACAACCGUGUUUUGGAUGAAUUGGUCGUAGGCUUUCAAGCUGCAAGGCAGCAGUUGUCAAAAGUUAACUUUGAAUCGCCGCCAAUAUCACCCAAGACCCCAGCUGCACCUCUCAAAUGUAAAACUCCCAGAGACAAAGGCCAGAAGAGCAACAGUGUUUUGAGCAACUAUUUUCAAAAGAAAUCUAAAACGUCUCCGGACAACGACGCCCGGCCGGACAGCUCCGUGUCUCGCUGUGGACAACGGGGAAAAAGGCAGAACUUAAACAAGACCCUCCUUCACUCAGCGUCUGCUCAAACUACAGUGACAGUGAAAGCAGAGCCCGUGGAUGCGGAGGAGGCGGCCGUCCAGGGCCUGGUGUCAAUCAAACAGGAGGACGCGGUUUCCUACAGCAUCGACGCCGCGGCUGAGGCGGCACCGACUGCGUCACAGUCGACAGACGUGAAGCCCGUGAUCAAAGUUGAGUGUCCCGUGUGCUCUGUAAGUGUGUCACAGCAGUUUAUCAACAAGCAUCUGGACACAUGUCUUUCCAGUGGAGAGAAGAAAGAGAGCCUGAGGAGCUCUUUUGGCAGCAGGAGGCGUCCAAUGGCCAAGCUGGUGUACAACCUGCUUUCCAUGCAGGAGCUGAAGCGCCGGCUGAAGGAAUGCCACCUCUCAAUGCAGGGUUCCAGAGAGCAGCUCGUCAAGAGACACCAGGACUUUGUCCAUAUAUACAACGCCCAGUGCGAUUCAUUAAACCCAAUGUCAGCUGAAGAUAUUGCCCGAGAGGUGGAGGCCAAUGAAAAAAUCAGGAGUCAACUACAGGGGAAAGCUAAACCAGUAAUGCUUUUCUCCAAGAAUCAGUCUGAGGAGGAGAUUGAUGAGAUGCAUUCAAAUUAUAGGAGGCAGCAUAGUAGUGACUUUUCACGCUUGAUCGCCCAAGUCCGGGGUCGCCUAGAGACCUCCAGACAGACUCGUAUUAAACAGGAAGACAUUUUAGAGCAGGGGGCUGCACGAAGAACAUGCUCUGAAGGUCAAGAUGAAGAGUCGAAGAACAUUUUAGUGAUUAAAGUGGAAGACGAAGACAGUGACGAGGAACCAUCCAUGAAACAAAUCGAGCUUUCAUCCAGCCCCACUUACAGUGAGGUGUCUGUCAGCAGCUCUAUUUCUGACAUAUUUGGUCCCGACCAGGACGAAAACCCCAAAAUCGCAGAGCGAACCUCAGGACAGAAGCGAGCGUCCAGCUCUGGAGGAGAUGCUGCAACUUCGUCUCCCGCUUCAGGAAAACGACGACGCAAGACGUGAAGGGAGCGAACUCACAGACUAGUAAACCACUGACCACGAAGCAAAGCAACACCAGAGACUAUUUUUAGGCACUUUUCUGACAUUUGCUUUCUGGAGUCGCACUGUUUACCCCAGUUUGGCCUCAGAGCGUCUGUAACGUUGUUCAGUGUGGUGAAGGUUUUCAUGUUUGCUUACAGAUGAGACAUGUUGCAAACACCCACACACUGACAUUCUUGUACACGAGUUAUUCAAUAAAAUUGUUUUAAACACAAA